ACCUUAGUAGAUAACGGGGCAGCGGGUCCUAUAUUCUUCAGAGCUAUUUCCCAACAACCGCCGCGGCGACGAUAACGACACCUUCAAAGUCUCCUAUUCCUUCGCUGGGCACGUUUUCUGGGACCUCCUGAUUUCUCAAUCUCCUUCGGAGUUACAAUUUCCUCGACCCAUUUUUAACCCUCUUCUUCAGGCUUAAUCUACCGUUUUCUCAGCUUCCUGUACGUUCUGUUCAUUAUGGUAAUUUGCAAUUGCGUGUAUGGGUUCUGCGGCAGAGAGGCUGUUCUUAAAUGGGUAUUUCUUUGAUGAUUUGCACGAACUGUCUGUUGGGUGUUGAGAGUUUUUCCUUUUUGUUGGUGGGUUUUGUGUUUUUUUAUUGGAUUGGGGGUGUAGAGCUGCUUUCGAUUGUGUAGAGUCAAAAUUGAAUGCGUUCUAACAAAUGGGUUCUUGGUGUUGUUGGUUGGUUCUAUGAUAUAGAUUAAUUGUCCAGAGCUUGUGAAGUAAAUGUGGCCUCAGACUUUAUAUUUGAUUCUGUUCAAUCUCUUCGUCUGCUCGUGUUAGGUGGUUCAUUUCUUCCAGAUUUAAGGAUAAUUUAUACUGUUAGUUCUUGCUGCCAAGAAAUUGAAGUUUGUUUCAUCUCCUGUUUGAGGCCGCUGGUUGGUUUACUUAACGGUGAAGGUGUUGCCCAGGUUCCCCUUUUGAGCAUCAAGUUAAAAACGGGAGAUGUUAUGCCGUUUUAGCUUUCGUUUAUUUAAUGUGGAAUUGGAAUUUGCUAGUGUGAUAUAUUAAGUAUAAUGUUCGGAAGAAGUGGAAUUGCUGUACUUGGAUUUAGAUUGAUGGACAUUGCUGUUUAUUGUGUCUGAUUAUGGGAGUUAGAACAAAAGGGAAGAAUAGUAUUGUGGAAUUUGGCUAGUAUCUUUGGCUGGGGAAGGGAGCGUGCUGGAAUGGACUUGUGGGUAGUUGCAACUGCCGCUGGUGCUGGAUACUUAGCCAAAUAUUGGCAGAAACUGUUGAGAGAUGGAAGUAACUCAUCUCAAAUGUCUUCUAGGAAUUCUAGUAAUGAGGUAUUAGGAUUUCUGGAUCAUUCCUUCCACCGAAUAGAACGAAAAACGAAAGCAAGUGGAGAUAUUCUUGCUGGUGAAGGAGAGGUUUUAAAUGGGAGAGAUUCUGUUGGGAGUCGAUUCAAUGUGGCUUCUACUAGUGGUUUUGAUUGUGAAAAGAUGGAUAAUUUAGGGUAUUACCAGGACCAUAAUUCUCUUCCUGUAUCCAAUUUGCCACUGGAAUUAUCAAUGAGUAAUGACACUCAAACAUUUGGGCAUAGAAGUAGUAUAAACGUGAAUGUGAAUAAUAAUAUGAUUGAUCAGCUACCUUGUUCGUCUUCUAGGGAACUGAACUGUUUUCAGCCUACUACGAGGAAAAUAGGUUCUCUUAGACAUAAACAUUCGUGUGGGAGAUUUAUUAGACCACUUAGUUCAUUAGAAAGUUGUGUGCUGUCUCAUCUCUACAAGGAACAUGUUGAAAUGGAAGAGUAUAUCCUACAUUCAUUUCAGUCACGAUCUAAAUCAACUAUGAGGCGGUUUGUUGUAAAUGACGGAACCCAGAUAGUCAGCAGGGCAGUCAGAGAUUCUUUUAGUGUUCAGGUUGAAAUGGAUGCAAGUAACUUCCAUGAAGAGCCGUUUACUGAAAAGAAAAGGAAUGUGUAUGGGAUACCUUUGCUUCCAAAAAUACGGUCUUUGAAGACCUCAGAGAUGCUAGACAUCAAGGGAGGAGGGAGACAAGGUGGAGUGAGCAGUGCCAAUCAAAUGCAUAAUGAGAAGUUCCUCCACGCAAAAGAUCGAAUGAUUCUAUUCUGUCUUGGGAUUUCUAUCGGCUUAAUACCCUUCAUGGAAAAUAAGCGUGAAAUAGACAAGCUCAAAGAGUUAUUAAAGCAUACUGAGAACUUGGUCCAAGAUCUACAAGAGGAACUUGAGAUGAAGGAUUCUCUGACGGUGAAGGAGCUUUCAAAUGAGAAUUGCAAAUCACUAGGCAUAUCUGAGAAUUCUUUCUUCGGUAGGAGAGAACGGAAUCUCAAACCUUCAGCUAAAUCUGAUGAUAAGGAAUUAUUAAAACAGAAUGCUGAAGAUGGUUCAGAAUCUCUGAGUAAAAUUGAAGCUGAGCUUGAAGCAGAACUUCAGAGGUUGGGACUAAAUACCGAUACAUCGAGUACAGAUAAAGGAUUCGCUGAUCUUCAUGAGCUUGAUCAAGAAUUUACAGUAGAUUUCUCUGAAGGUGAGUUGAGAGCUGACAUGAUCAGUGAGCUAAGUCCUAAGAUUCAGCAAAAUCUAGAUGCAAGUGAGUUUACUUCCUCAGGUAACUACACAGUUUCACCUUGGGAGCUUAGUGUCCGACUGCACGAAGUUAUCCAGUCAAGACUUGAAGCACGUGUGAGGGAGCUCGAAACGGCCCUUGAGAACAGCAAGAGGAGACUUCACUGCAUUGAAGCCAAGCAGAUUGAUUCUCGGAAAGAAUUCACCCAAAGUGAGAUGCUACAUUCAUCUAGUGAAGAAAGUUUAACUGCUCAACCUCUUGUUAUGAAUUUAUCAGGAGAAGCUCUGGAUGCCUACAAUGAAGCAUAUAAUGAGUUGAUCGAUAUGGAUGACUCCGAAGAUCUUAUACAUUCACCUUCAAUAGUUGAUGGAAGUAAGCAUCCACGGUGGCAAACUACCAUUAACGGUCAUUCGUUUUCAAUUCAGAAUGGGAGGACAAACGGAUCGAUAAACCUUGGUCAGAUACUUGUUAAGAAGAACAUAAAAGAUUCUUAUCAGAAGAUCGGCAGAAUGGAAGGACAGACAAAUGAGGUAGGUGGCAGUGGAGAUGAAAGCAGUGAUUAUGAUGAUGAGAUGGAAAAGCAGUUGAUAAAGCAGAUUGUUGAGAAAACCAGAAUGGGUUCUCCUGUGGUUCGAAAUGCACAAAGAUGGUUAUUUUCAAUGGAUAAAGACGACGGCUGAGCCAGUUGUAGAAGACAAUAGAUAACAUAAGUUUUGCAGGUAAACAAAAAGAAAAUUGGAGCACCACAGUAUAAGAGUUCGACCCCAUCAAUCAUUACUCAUUAGUGUAAAACACCAAACAAUAUCAUCAAUCAUUCUUCUUCAACGAACUUUCUUUAUAUAGUUUGCAUAAUUUGAUGAAUGCAUUCACCUGAAUUCUUGUACAAACCUUAA